AUGGCGGUUUAUUACCAAAGUAAUGUCGGCUGUUACCAGCAAGAACCAGUCUAUCUCAACCAUCAACAACAACAACAAGCUUCUCCUUCCUCCGCCGCCGCAUCUUUCUCCGGCGCCGGCGGCGAUCAUGUUCGAAACGAGAUGGUAUUUAUCCCACCCACCACCGGAAACGUCGUAACAGGUCUUCAAAACAUCAACGGAAACGUUACCGGAAACGGUGCCGUUUCGAGCAGCGAUCUAAGCUUUCACGACGGUCAAGGACUGUCACUAAGUCUCGGCACUCAGAUCUCUGUUCCUUCGUUUCACUACCAUCAGUACCAAAUGGGUUUCCCCCAAAAUCCCCCACUCUCGGUUAAGGAAACGCCACCGUUCAAUGUAGAUGAGAUCGGUGCGAAGAGCAAAGAGAUGUUGUUGUUGUCUCAAUCUGAUCAUUCCUCUGGUUUUGCUGGUAACGGCGGAAUCGGAUUCUACAACAAUUUCCGGUUUAACGAAACGUCAGGAGGGUUUAUAAGCAGCGUUUUGCGCUCUCGGUACCUUAAACCGGCUCAGAGUUUGCUCGAUGAAGUGGUUAGCGUCAAGAAAGAGCUAAACCAGAUGAGGAAGAAGAAGAAAAGUGAAGACUUUAACAACGGUUCCAAGGAGACAGAAGGAGGAGGAGGAGGAGGCAGUGGCGAGUUAUCCAACGAUUCUAACGGCAAAUCAAUAGAGUUGUCUGCAACUGAACGUCAAGAGCUUCAGAACAAGAAGAACAAGCUUUUGACAAUGGUUGAUGAGGUAGAUAAAAGAUAUAACCAAUAUUACCAUCAAAUGGAAGCAUUAGCAUCAUCAUUUGAGAUAGUAGCGGGGCUUGGAUCAGCUAAGCCUUACACAUCAGUGGCUCUCAACAGGAUCUCUUGCCAUUUCCGGUCUCUUCGCGACACGAUAAAGGAACAAAUUCAGAUUAUCAGGGACAGACUUGGGGAGAAAGGAGGAGAGUCGUUGGAUGAGCAGCAAGGAGAGAGGAUACCUAGACUGAGGUAUUUAGACCAACGGUUGAGACAGCAGAGAGCUUUGCAUCAACAGCUUGGAAUGGUUCGACCCGCUUGGAGACCUCAAAGAGGUCUCCCUGAGAACUCUGUCUCUGCUCUUCGCGCUUGGCUCUUUGAACAUUUCCUUCACCCAUACCCGAAAGAAUCUGAGAAAAUGAUGCUUGCGAAACAGACAGGACUGUCGAAAAACCAGGUUGCGAAUUGGUUCAUAAACGCGAGAGUUCGUCUAUGGAAACCGAUGAUCGAAGAGAUGUAUACAGAAGAGUUUGGUGAAGCACCUGAGUUACUAAUCUCCAAGUCAUCUCAAGAACCGAACCAAGAAGACUCCUCCUCGCAGCAGAACCACCAGCAGGAAAACAACAACAACAACAACCUCAAUUAUUCAUCUGCGGACACAACAAACACUGUCUUCUCAUCAGAAACUAAACAAGACCUUGUUCCAGGCAAUGUUGCUGAGCAUCCACAACAACAACAACAACAACAACAGAUGAACCGGCCAGCGGAUUACGAUACACUGAUGAACUAUCACGGCUACGGUCUCGAAGAUUACCGUUACAUUGGCGGAAACAGCCAGCAAGACAGCAGAUUCUCCAAUUCCCAUCACUUACACGACUUUGUCGUCUGA